AUGCCUGACUUAUCCUUAAAGGACAUAGUAACGCAUCAGCUUCUAGAGGAUGUACAUCGCUUCUGGUUCUCACAUAUCGUUGAUGCCGAUCAUAUAAUUGUCCCUGACGUUAAAGACGCAAUCCCAUGGUUUACUCAAAGCAAUGCAUAUGAUAGUGCAUGCAUUGCCAAAUUUGGCUCACAACUCAUGUGUCUCAAGUCUCUCAGCAUCAGCGGAAGAGAUAUCUUAUGUGCGGCAAAUCCAUCUACAUCCUUGCACUGGAUGAGCCUUAUUAUCCUUCUCGACCAAAUUCCACGAAACUGCUUUCGAGAAAAGGACGCAUGCAUUGCAUUUAAUGUAUUUGAUAAUCUGGCCUUGUAUGUUGCACUAAAAGCCAUCGAGCAUGGCAUUCCAGAGCAGCCUCUGGUGCGGAACAGACUGGCAUAUCGAUUCUGGUUUUACAUGCCACUAGAGCACUCAGAGACUUUGGAGAUGCAAAUAAUGGUAAAAGAAGAGCAUGUAAAAAUGUUCCAGAAAAUUUGGUCGUUCAUGAAUGAUCCGGGCGACCAGAAUGAUACGGACUUUGUGUAUUGCCAAAUCGUACUUCACCAGAGAAAGACACAAUUGGAAGACUUUGAAAAUACACUACGCAGAAUAUGUAAAGACCAUGAAGAGGCAAUUCGACAAUUCGGUCGUUUUCCACACCGUAACAAUGCCUUGGGUCGAGUAUCAACAAAAGAAGAGUUGGCAUAUCAGCAGGGACAAAACUCGUAG